GAAUAAUACAAGAAUAAUUUUAUUACUCUAGAUAGGAUUCUGUACUUAUUUAUUUGAUAAUGGUUAUUAAUGCCUCGAGUGCUUAUACCGGUAAUGAGUCAACGCGUGACAGUCACGUCCGGUUGAUGGUUAAUGAGUCAAUGUAGGACCCCCAAAUCCUCAUUGAUGGUUAAUGAGUCAACGCAGGACAUUAAAGUCUUGGUUGAUGGUAAUGAGUUAUCAUAAUAAUGUAGUCAUUAUCACUAUCCCAGAGUUAUAUAGAAAAAGGUAUAUUGGUGAUAAACAGUACGUAUUAUAUUUUUUAUAAAGGUUUGAUCUUUCUAUACUUAUAUUAAAUGUCUCUUGAUCCAACUGUAAUGAGAUUAUGAUUUUCUUACUGGGCAAGUUUAGCUCACCCAUUUUAAUGGGUCCCCUUUUCAGAGAAGGAUCCAAAUCAAGUAACUAAAGCUACUGGACAGUGAAGACUUGGAUAUCGAUAUACUUUUGGAAUGGAUGAUGAAGUGCUUGCCGGUUUUGCACGACGUACAAGGAAAAGACGUGAUACCCAUGAACCAAAUGGACCUGUAAGUCAAGAGGAGGGGGAGACCUCUAGAGCGGUAACAGUUGAGGAUAUCGUUAGAGUUAUGUCAGGAAUAGCACAACAACAUACACCGACAAAUAAGUUUGCUGAAUUCAAGAAAUUGGCUCCACCAUACUUUGAUGGUAGCAGCGAUCCGCUAAAAGCUGACAAGUGGAUAAAAGAGUUGGAGAAGUUCUUCGAUGUACUCAAAUGUGACGAUGCGGAAAAGGUACGAUUUACAAUAUUUCAGUUACAAGGAAAUGCAAGCGACUGGUGGGAGUUGGAGAAGCAAACUUACGAGCGCGAUACAAGUACACUCUCAUGGGAUACAUUUAAGAAAGCUUUUUACAACACCUACUUUCCCAAGAGCUUGAGGCAAGAGAAAGAGAUGGAAUUCAUAAAUCUGAAACAGGGGAAUAUGACUGUUGCUGAAUAUCAAGCUCGGUUUGUGGAAUUAGAAAAGUUUGCUCAAUCAUGGAUGGGAAGUGAGACUACGAAGGCAAGAAAGUUUGAAAUGGGGUUGAGUCCCCACAUUAGGCAAGUUGUGGUUCCUUUUGAGCUUAACACUUUCAUUGAGGUGGUUGAUAAGGCACGAUUGAUUGAAAGGGAGUUGGGUAUUACGAGAAGGAUGGAUGAGGCGAACACGAAGAAAAGAAGUCAUCAAAGUGCCAAUGAAGGAAGUCGAAACUCAUUCCAGAAUAGAAGGCCCAUUUUCUGCGAGUAGUCCAGCUCAAGCCUCUAGAAAUGUGUCUUCACAUAAUUCAUCGUCGUCUGUGAAAUGUUCGCAUUGUUCUGGAAACCAUCGCAUGGAAGAUUGUCGCUGGCUAUCGGGAGCAUGUGUUUUGUGUGGGCAGCAUGGUCACUUGAGAGCAAAUUGUCCACGCUUUAGAAAGCCAUUCACUCAGCCUAAUGCGCGCGAGACAGGAAAUUCUAUGAAUCGAACACCCUUUCCCAAUAAGAAUCAGAAAGUGGGACAGACUUCAGGAG